CAGCCAGUAGUAUCCGGUUAGGGAGCCGCUAGCUGCUCGGCUUCUGCUCACAACGACACUUUUCCGCGACAGUCGAACCAGGUUUUUGUUACACUUGGGGGACAGGAACCUUUGUCCGGUGGGGUCCGCUGCUCAACAAUGGACAGGCUUAUUUUUGAUUUAUUCUGCGUUCCGGGUCAGUCCGCUGUCACGAGCAUCGCGAGUUAGCACAGUUGGCUAAUUUAAAUCCCGAGUAAUGUGCAGCUGCUGGUUGGACUAGCUGAGGACUGGGAGCUGUCAAGAGUAGGGAAUAGUAGAGAACUCGUCUCUUUGGGAAAGGGCUUUCUAGGUGGUGGUGUUUGGAGCAGGAGCUGGUAAUAUAAACGCUGCUGGUGGGUUUGGUACCAGUCCAGUCCAGUGCAGACACGUCUACCUGUUGCAUGGUCGUGAUGGUGGAUCGUGGGACUGAUCAUUGGCCGGUUUUGCUGAGAGAUCAGUCUGUCCUUGUUUUCUGACCGUGAAGACAGUAACUGGAAGACGGCUGUAUGAUUUGCAUAUUUAGAUUGGUUUGACUUAGAGGGCUUUCUGCGAGACUUUACAUGUGUUUUGCAUAUUAACGUUUUGAAUGGUUUCAUAGUCCGGAAAGGUAAACAGGCGUGACGCACGGACGUGGAACCGUUUUGCAAUAAUUAUAUUUUCCGUCUGGCACUUUUAAAAUGUCUUAAAUGGUUUACUUGAAACAACAACAUUCCUGUAAAGUAUUUGAUUGCACUAUUAAGCUGUUGGGGCGCACAGUAAAAGGGCAAACUUUAUACGACUCACUUUUUUUUUUAGACAGUCUUGAUCACGUUGUUGGGCAACAAACCAGGAAAUUGUUGGUGACCUUGUAGUUAAUGCCACGAAAGUGAUUAAACGUGAUCUCAGAGGUGUAGAUUAAUGUCUGCUUAUGUUACGUAGUGGUUUUGAUCGUGUGAGUUGUUUGGUUAGGGCGGUUGUAAUGAGUAAACACUCAUGCGGGGACUGACUGGAAGCUGAACUGUAGUUGUGUGCACACUGCUGCAAUUUCCUUUAUAUACAACAAUGCCUCUUGCCUUGUUCUUAUUAAUGCUGCUCGGAGCAUUAUGCAACCUCGGACAGGCCAUGUCUCGGGAGGAAAAGCACAAGUUGAGGAACCAAGUAGUUGAGAUGUUUGACCAUGCAUAUCAGAAUUAUAUGGACCAUGCAUACCCAGCAGAUGAGCUGAUGCCUUUAACAUGCAGAGGAAGAGUCCGUGGUCGCGAACCUAGUCGAGGAGACGUCGAUGAUGCACUUGGCAAGUUUUCUCUGACCCUCAUAGACACCCUUGAUACUUUGGUACUUUUGAAUAAGACUACGGAGUUCGAGGCUGCAGUGAGGAGAGUCUUGUCAGAUGUACGGCUGGACAAUGACAUCGUAGUAUCAGUCUUUGAAACCAACAUUCGAGUCCUUGGUGGUCUGCUGGGAGGUCACUCCAUGGCUGUGAUGCUGAAGGAGAGAGGACAGAGCAUGCAGUGGUACCAGGAUGAGCUCUUGCAUAUGGCCAAAGACAUAGGACUUCGUCUGCUGCCGGCCUUCAACACCAGCAGUGGCCUGCCUUAUCCCAGGGUGAACUUGAAAUAUGGCGUCAGGGGUCCUGAGACCCGAACAGGCACAGAAACGGACACCUGUACGGCCUGCGCGGGAACCAUUAUCCUGGAGUUUGCUGCCUUAAGUCGCUUCACCGGGGACCCUGUGUUUGAGGACCAUGCCCGGAGAGCCCUGGAUUUUCUGUGGGAGAAGAGGCAGAGAAACAGUAAUCUAGUGGGAACCACUAUAAACAUCCACUCUGGAGAGUGGGUCCGAAGAGACAGUGGCGUCGGAGCUGGAAUUGACUCAUACUAUGAAUACCUGUUAAAGGCCUACAUCCUCUUGGGGGAUGACCUGUUUCUGCAGCGGUUCAAUAUUCACUAUGCAUCGAUAAUGAAGUACAUUAGUCAGCCUCCUCUGCUGCUGGAUGUCCACAUUCACAAACCUCUGCUUCCUGCUCGUACUUGGAUGGACUCUCUGCUGGCCUUCUUCCCUGGACUGCAGGUGUUGAAAGGAGACAUCCGCCCUGCCAUUGAGACUCAUGAGAUGUUGUACCAAGUUACCAAAAAACACAAUUUUCUCCCUGAGGCCUUCACAACUGAUUUCAGGGUACACUGGGCUCAACAUCCCCUGAGGCCUGAAUUUGCAGAGAGCACCUAUUUCCUUUAUAAGGCCACAGCAGACCCUUACUACCUGGAGGCAGGUCGCACUAUACUGGACAACCUGAAUCGUUUCGCUCGUGUACCUUGCGGCUUUGCUGCUAUGAAGGAUGUGCGCACUGGGAGCCACGAGGAUCGAAUGGAUUCAUUCUUCCUCGCUGAGAUGUUUAAAUAUCUCUUCCUGCUGUUUGCUGAUUCGGGGGAUAUUCCCUUUGAUGUGGAAGACUACAUCUUCACAACUGAGGCACACUUGUUGCCUCUUUCUCUCUCCACAGCCCCUCGGCCCUCAUUUAUUCCCUCAAACAGAACGUUCGAGGAGGAGAUGGAUGACUCUAACUUUGACUGGACCUGUCCUAACACUCGCCUCUUGUUUCCGGACCCUGGCUUCCCUCGAAACCUGAGGGAACCAAUCCGCAGUGCCAUCGAUAAGAGCUGUCCACGUCCUGCCCCUUACAGGGAACCUGGUAUGGGCCGUCCACCUCUGAGGGCUCAAGACUUCAUGGCAAAUAAUCCCGAGCAUCUGGAGCUGCUGAGGAGGAUGGGAGUCAGUCUCAUCCAUCUGAAAGAUGGCAGGGUGCAGCUGGUCCAGCAUGCUACACAGGCUGUGAGCGCUGUAGCAGCAGAGGAUGGCGUGCGUUUCAUGCAGGAAAUGAUGGAGCUGUCAAGCCAGCAGCAGAAAGAGCAGCUGCCUCCAAGAGCCAUUCAAAUCGUCUCUCAUCCAUUCUUUGGCAGGGUUGUUCUUACCGCAGGCCCAGCACAGUUUGGCACAGACCUUUCCAAAAGUUCCACAGGAGUGAGAGGCUUUAUAACUGUGGCUGAACCUUACAGUGGUUGUUCUGAAAUCACCAAUGCUGAGUAUGUCCAGGGCCACAUCGCCCUGCUCCAGAGGGGCCAGUGUAUGUUUGCAGAGAAGGCCCGCCACAUCCAGAAGGCUGGCGCCAUUGGAGGCAUUGUCAUCGAUGACAACGAGGGCAGCAGCAGUGAUACAGCGCCACUUUUUCAGAUGGCCGGAGACGGGCGCAGUACAGAUGACAUCACCCUACCUCUCCUUUUUCUAUUCCACAAAGAGGGCAACAUCCUUUUAGAGGCACUGAAAGAGUACAGAGAGGUGGAGGUGCUGCUGAGUGACAAAGCCAGAGACAGAGCAGCCAUAUUCAAAGGUAAACCUCUUCCUGGCAGUCUGAUUGAAGGCAGUGUAGACAUGCAAGAAGCGGAAGGUGAUUGUCAGACCGAGGCAACGACUCCUACUUCAUUUGAACCUGUUAGUCAGUCGCAAAGCAGCACUGUAAAGGUGGAUGAAAUGGCUCCUGGGGAGGUUCCUCCUGAACAGGAGGAGGUCAGUCCUGUAGAUGAAGACACAAGUCCCGCAGAGGACGCAAGUCCACCACAAGAGGAAAUGAGUCCUACAGAUCCACAGGGUGAUGUGGAUCCGCCUCAAGACGAGAAUACAAAAGAGCUUACAGAUGACACGGACUCAAGCAGCCAGUCAGUGGAUGAACUGCUGGCUGAUUGGCAGGAAGACUUGGAGGCGUUCCAGCAGAUGGAGAAAGAUGAGCUCUGACAGUCAUUAGGCACUUCAGGCUCUGGGACUGGUUUCUCCCUGCCAUGGGAAGAGACAUGGAGUGGGUAUAUCUUCAUGUCUCCAGUCUGUAUUUGAAUUUUUCUGAGGAGGGUGUCCGGAAGGUUUUUUUUUUCUUUUGCUCCCUGUGAAAUGCAUCACAUGCAAGGGCAGCCCACGCGCUGUAUGUGUGGACCACAAGAGUCAGUGAUGGAUGAGAAACCAGGGCCCUUACCUCUCUUUCUCACACAGUUUGUUUGUGUGUCAGAACAAACCUUGUUAAAUGAAAUAGGCCAGACUGUUUGUAACUGCGAAUCGCUUUUCAGCCCAAGGUACUUCUCACACUGCUCUUUAUGCAUUUCUGACUACUUUUACUCAAUCGAAUGAUGGUCCAAAAACUCCUUUCACAUUUAUUAAUCCAAUGACCAAUUGAUUUUAUUUAAAUGUGAAGAUUAAAGAUAAAUGAGAUGUUUUAAUGGUCUUUGGUCUAAUCAAUGUUCACAUUGCUGAAAACUGAGGACAUAAUUAAUGGGGGAUAUUGGUGAAGACAAUGUCUUUUUAUGGCUUAAUGGAAGAUAAAAUUAACAUCAAUUUUAAUAUCUCUUGAGAAUAUUUGACAUCAUUUGUAAAUAUGUAUAUGUAUAGAUAUAUUAACUGAAAUAAUACAGUGCUGUUCGCUCAGGUUCUGGUUCCCACCACAAACUACAGCCUCUGGACCACUUUGGAGCAGACACACCCUCGCAGUGUCGUGGGCUGAGUUGCAUUUCCGUGGGUUGCCGCCAGGGGUCGCUGUGUGAUCUGUUUAUAAUGCUGGACUUGCUGACUGCUGAGAGAAGCAGAAAUAAGCCAAUGAUUUAAUAGGAUGGAAUUCAAUAAAAAUUGAAAAAUUGGAAAA